GCAAAAAGAGUGAAUAAAAAGCAUCUGAAAUGUUGGUCAACCAAGGCACUGCCAUUUCCACCUCAGGGGUAACACUGGUACCUUAUGAAAAAUCGCACGUGAUCACGUACCAUGAUUGGAUGAAGGAUGAGGAAAUCCAGAUCGCUACAGCUUCAGAACCACUCUCUUUGGACGAAGAAUAUGCCAUGCAACAGAGUUGGAGAUCCGACCAUGACAAGCUAACCUUCAUUGCUUGCCUACCGAUUGAUAAAGCGCCCAAAGAAUUGUUGGCGGGCACUAUCGAUUCCCCUGAUCUGAUGAUUGGCGACGUCAACUUGUUCCUUUCAGCAGCCGACGAGGAUCCCGAGGGGUGCAUUGGAGAACUCGAACUCAUGAUUGCACCUCCUUCACUACGAAGACGUGGCUAUGGGCGAGCUACUGUUUUGACAUUCCUGCAUUACAUAGAAACACAUCUCGAAGAAAUCCUGGACGAGUAUAAAAAGGGCCAGGCUGUCGAUAAAAUGUCCUUGCUGCAAUUAAAGGUCAAAAUUGGAAGCAAGAAUGAAAACAGCAUCAAACUCUUCAAAAGUAUUGGAUUCAUCAUGGUCGAUGAAGGCCCAAAUUAUUUUGGUGAAGUUGAGCUAGUUUUUGAAGGCUUUCUUGGUGAAGAAAGGACGAAGGGACUAUUGGAAACUUAUGGAAUUGAAGGGUACAGCGAAAUGCCGUACGUCGAGGCUGGGAAGGAAUGUUUGAGAUGAGGAAGAAAACGUUGAAUAUAUCAGGGAAUGCAGGUGCAGUACAGACAGAAAUUAUCGUCCGGUCAUACCCGACUCCGUUUUGUUGCUCUGCAGGCACGGUAUACAAACAAAUUGUCUUUGGGGGAAGGCUCAAGGGGAAUCGUGCAUACCUACUAUCCACUUCCUCCUCUUCUAUGUCUCGUCAACAACACACGGUCGGAAUCAAGACACGCAUUCGUUAUACACAGUCGCUAUUCGCAACUAUUAUCCGCAUUCGCUACCAAUUCUCUCGUCGUUCCAAUAUUGAGAAUAUCGAAUAUCUGACACCACUACUUUAGAAGCCCACAAAUCAGCAGUCGCCGAAACGCUUAAGCUGCUACUUCGUUACCUAUAACUCAAUAUGGAUAUCCAACAGAGG